GGAGCCGACGGCGUCUCCAGCUUUCAGUCGGGUCUCGUCGAAGGCGCAUCAACGACAAUAUGGUUCGAAAGCCGGCUGUGCAGCGCCUGCUGUUGCUGCUCGUGCUGUCCCGUGGUGGCGGAGACGCGCAGGAGAUGCGCGUCGAGCCCGGACAGGCGCCGCCCGAAUGCCGGGACACGCACGGCCACCUGCCCGGCGGUGCGCUGAGCUACGGCUACACCAAAGCGCUGCUGGGGCGCCUCGAAGCCUGCGUCCUCUUCAACCGACGGUUCAUGGCAGAGAAUCUGCCUAUUGAACUGCCGGACCUGACGGUGCCGCCCAAGAUCCAGGUGCCACCAUCUAGUGAACUAAAGCGACUGACCGAGGAGCAGGCGUUCCUGCGCAUCUACCAGCUGCUGGUAGCGUACACCACGUUUGCCCAGCACAUGGCCAACACAAGCCAUGGUAUAGCGAGCUGCAGCGGCCACGCCAUCGCAGCGACCAGCAAGCGCAGCGCCGCGGGCGCCGCCACGGCCCUGCAGGUGGCGACCAACAGCCAACGGAACGCCGACCAACUGCAGGAGCUCCGCUGCGACGUGCGGCUGUCGAGCGCGGCGCACGGCAGCCAGGCGCAGUUCGCGGCGGCCGAUGCCAGCGCAGUGGGCCUCAUCCUGGACACGUACGCGGACUGCUCCAAACGCCUGCUGGCGCACUACAGCGUGGCAGUGGGCGUGCAGCAGCUUCUGCGUUCAGUGCACGGGUACCUGCUGCACUUGGUGCGCCUCAAGAGCCCCUACCCGGGAGCCGACAACGCCGAGCCCCCCGAGGUCUUCGAGCAGGCCUCGUACUGAGACUCAGUACCGCUUCACUCGUGUCCCUCGCAAGCAAGGUGACUGGCCAAAGAGGUCACCACCUCUGUCUGACCAAUAGUCGCCAGGAAAAAAAAGAAGAGCAAAUGUGGCACAACUCCUAAUACAUGCCAAAUGUACGGCCACUAUCAACUGCAGUGUGCCAAACUAACGGCUACAGUGAGAUGGAAAAGGACUUUGUCGGCUUCGUAGCCCCUUUAUGACUCAAUAAAACAAGAGCGCCUUCGCCCUGCGUUGUUGGGA